AUGGCUUUCGUUUUCCAUACCCUUUCCUCAGAUUCCGGCUUCGAUGCCCCGCUGCGUGAAGCGAUUGCUAUGGCGCAGUAUGAUGCAAUCUUCAUGCCCGCUCGAGUGCAGGGAUUGGGGACCAGCAUCAAGGUGGUCUCAGUUCCGCGCGAUCCCGCUAAUCAAGGCGGACUUCCUGCGUCCAGCCUUGUUUUGGACGAAAGCACGGGCAGCAUACGUGCGAUCGUGAACGCGAGGCAAUUAACGGCUCUUCGGACAGCUGCUGGUUCUCUGCUUGCUACGCAUCUUCUCUUGUCCGUUCCAGACCCAAGCACGUUCCUUGCUUUCGGAGCAGGCAAGCAAAUUGAGGUGCACGUGGAUCUCCACCUUCGUGCCUAUUCGACCAUCAAAACCUGCACGAUAGUUAACAAGUCAAGCAAUCAAAGACUGACUGAUCUUAUCACCCGCCUAAAAUCAGCUCAUCCGACGGUCAUAUUUCAGUCUCUUAUAUUGAAGGAGGACCUUGCUCGACUGGAACAAGUUACCCGUGCAGCCAAUAUUAUAUGCACCGCCACGUCUUCAAAGGAGCCGCUUUUUGAAGCGAAAUGGGUUUCUCCAGGGACACAUCUCAAUCUCAUUGGGAGCUACACGCCUGAAAUGGCGGAAGUCUCUUCAGAUUUGCUGCAUCAGGCUGGAAAAGUGGUCGUGGACUCCCGAGAAGCAUGUGUGUCUGAGGCUGGGGAGCUCAUAAAGGCCAGGUUUAAUGAAGAGGACAUGGUUGAAAUUGGAACACUCGUCCGGUUUGACAACGACUCACCGGAUGCUGACUACAGGAAGGUUCACGCGUUGUGCGACGAGGUAAGACGGGCUGGUAAAAUUACUAUAUUCAAGAGCGUAGGCGUAGGAUUGCAGGACGUAGCCAUCACGAGUAUGGUGGUGAAUCUCGCGGGAGAGAUUGGUACUCGUGUUGAUUCCUAUGAAUGA